AUGACGCUAACGAACCAGAUGGACUUCCAAAAUCACUUUUUGGCAAAGGACUUGCAUCGCAUCACAAAACCAAAAAAAGUGGGCAAGCGUCGCCAUACCGAUGAAUCCAACGAUGAAGAUGCCAGCAAGCCUCGUUUCAUGCCAAAAACACUUAGCAAGUUAGCCCAGCACAAAAAGCAGAGGCAGCCGCAGGUUAUGGGCCAGAAACUCUCUGUUUCGAGAAUCAUAGAGACCUUAGACCAAGAAUCGUUGCAGAACCUAAUUUCCAAUUUGGUAUCCGAACACCCAGAAGUGGCCCCUACGCUGCUCAAGAUCUCUCCGCAAGUCACUAUAGAAGACUCCUUAAUGGUACUAGAACAGAAACUAGAAAGAAUAUUGCAAAAUAUGCCCUACAGAGUCGAUGCAUCGUCCGACUACUCAUUCCUUAGAGUGAAACCGCACGUGGAGGACUUUUUCCAGACCCUUUCCGAUUACACACUAAACUUCCUUCCUCCCAUUGAGUCCGACCUCACUGUCCCACUUAUGUUCCUGAUGAAAUUCCUGGCCAAGUGUUUCCCACGCUUGCCCAAAUUCCAUGCCGUUGAAUACCGCUAUUACCACAGUCUUACAGUUGACAAAUUCAACACAAUUUUGGAUGAUAUUCUUGUGCAAUUCCUCAGCGAGAAAAAGCACAACAUCAUUCUCGCCAUCAAUCAAGACUGGCUCACUGAUUUCCGGAAAAUCAGCGAGCUCAACGACAACAAUUUUUCAUCCGUAUACGAACGUUUGAAACAGGAGAUUGACCAGUACGAAAACCCCGAUGCAGCGUCUGGCCAGCCGUCCACCAAUAAUGCAGGCCGGCUGACAGGGCUUGCCAACCUGUUGAAUUUUUCCAGCGACAACAGCCCGUUGCACGGCAACACUGUGGGGAACGUUUUUGACACUAUUUAA